CUGCACUCUCUGGGGUAACGCAACAUAACUGUGAACCAACCUCAUACAGGAGGGUUUACACUAGUAUUCAUCGCUAAAACUCGUUAUAAGAAGACAGAGCUUUGGCGCCGUGCGAACUGCUUCGGGUUUUUAAUAACAGACUUUUAUUUUGAAGUGUUAUAUACAUUUGGGCGGAAGGGUUUUGUGAUUGUAGGGUAAAGUUCGCGAGCGCUGUUUUGACUUGACAAUCAAGUAACGUUAAACAGCGGUUGUUUUGAGUUCGAUCUCAUCUAAUAAAAUGUUUGCACUCAAAAUAUUCAAGAGGUUUUCUCCUGUCACAAAAUGUGUUCAUUUACGGAGUAAGCAAGUGUUCACCGUGUCAAUGGCAAGAAUGCAGCAUUCACAAUCUCAGCAUGGGGAAACAGCAGCACCCUUUCGACCCGAAACGUCCACGGCAACGACGCUGAUGGACAUCGGCACCAGACGGAUCUUCUCAGAGGAACACGACCUUUUCCGUCAGAACGUCCGACGCUUCUUUCAGGAGGAAGCUGUUCCCCAUCACGCCGAAUGGGAGAAAGCAGGUGAGGUUAGCAGAGAGGUUUGGGAAAAGGCUGGAGAACAGGGAUUGUUGGGAAUAUUUACUCCUGAAGAGCACGGAGGGAUUGGAGGAGACCUGCUGUCUGCGGCAAUAGUGUGGGAGGAGCAAAUGUACUCAAACUGCAGUGGUCCGGGUUUUUCUCUCCACUCUGAGAUCGUAAUGCCUUACAUCAGUCACUAUGGCUCUAGUGCUCAAAUCGAGCGUUAUAUUUCCCAGAUGACUGCUGGGAAAUGCAUUGGAGCCAUCGCUAUGACAGAACCUGGAGCCGGCAGUGAUCUUCAAGGAGUGAAGACAUAUGCAAAAAGAGAUGGCACAGACUGGAUUCUUAAUGGAAGCAAGGUGUUUAUCACUAAUGGCUGGAUGAGUGAUGUGGUGAUCGUAGUCACGGUGACGGAUCGUGAAGCGAAGACGGCGGCUCACGGCAUCAGUCUCUUCCUGGUUGACAACGGCACUAAGGGCUUCAACAAGGGCUGCAAGCUGGAGAAGAUCGGUCUCAAAGCUCAGGAUACAGCAGAGCUGUUUUUUGAGGACGUGCGUUUGCCGGCUGAUGCUCUGUUGGGUCAGAUCAAUAAAGGAUUCUAUUAUCUGAUGAAUGAGCUGCCACAGGAGCGUCUUAUUAUAGCAGUCAUGGCUCUUGCCAGCUGUGAGUUCAUGUUUGAAGAGACGAAGAACUACGUGAUGCAGAGGAAAGCAUUUGGAAAAACCAUUGCUGACCUGCAGACAGUGCAGCAUAGACUGGCGGAGUUGAAGACAGAGAUCUGUGUUGGUCGAGCAUUUGUUGACAGCUGUCUUCAGCUCCACAGUGAGAGAAAGCUGGACUCAAGCACGGCGUCUAUGGCCAAAUACUGGGCUUCAGAUUUACAGAAUAAAGUUGCCACUCAGUGCCUGCAGCUUCACGGUGGAUGGGGAUACAUGUGGGAAUAUCCAAUAGCCAAGGCUUUUGUAGACUCUCGAGUGCAGCCCAUCUAUGGAGGAACCAACGAGAUUAUGAAGGAACUCAUCGCACGCAAUAUUGUUAGUCAAAAAUAAACCUGUGUAUCUGGUGCCUCUAAAUGAUCUUAAUGGAUAGUUUGUAAGUAAUAAAACCACAAAUAUAACAUA